CGAUAGUCGGAGAUUAAAUGAUAUGAUUUGAUAAACAGCAAUUAUAAAUAUUAAAAUAUUUUAACGUUACAUUUAAUACCAUUCAGUUUAUAAGUACAGCAGAGAUUUAAAAAAAUAUAUACAUAGUUACCAAUGUCACCAUGAUAACCUUAAUUAUUUUAAGUCUAACUCUAAUCGCAUUGUACCUGUACAGCACAAGAAAAUUUAACUAUUGGAAAAAACGAGGUAUAAAAUAUGUAAAGCCCGUCAUUUUAUUUGGAAGCAAUAGUGAAAACUUUUUGAUGAGGAAAAGUUUAACUGAGACCUUAACGAACUGGUAUAGAGAAUAUCCUGAAGAGAAAGUCGUGGGUUACUUCCGUUCAUCGGAACCAGGAUUACUCAUCAGGGAUCCAGAAUUGAUCAAAAGAGUUCUCAUUACAGAUUUUGCACAUUUUUACGAGCGUGGACUUCAUCCAGAUAAGAGAGGUAUUGAGCCACUUUUGCAAAAUCUAUUUUUCGCAGAAGGUGAUUUGUGGCGUCUUCUAAGACAGCGCAUGACACCGGCAUUUACCAGCGGUAAACUAAGAGCCAUGUUUCCGUUGAUAAUUGAGCGAGCUGAACAAUUGCAAUCACGAACAUUAGCAGCUUCUCGCGAAGGACGUACCAUGGACGCCAGAGAUCUGAUGGCACGAUAUACGACGGACUUUAUUGGUGCUUGUGGCUUUGGACUCGACGCGGGAUCUCUAAACGACGAGAACUCGGAAUUUCGUAAACUUGGAAAUCAAAUCUUCGAAUUCAACAUCUCCAUGGCAAUAAUCACCAUUUUGAAAGACGCAUUUCCAUUACUAAGCAGAAAUUUGAAAUACAUGAGCAGACUGGAAAAUCAAGUAAUAUCUCUAGUGAAUCAAAUUUUAAAAGUUAGAAACUAUCAACUAUCAAGUAGAAAUGACUUCAUAGAUUUAAUGAUAGAUUGCAAACAAAAAGGUGUGAUUGAAGUUGAAUCUCUUGAAAAAGUUAAAUCUGACGGAACACCUGAUCGUGUCAAAUUAGAACUAACAGAUGAUUUGAUAGCAGCACAAGUCUUUGUUUUCUUUGCUGCUGGCUUUGAAACAUCUUCAUCAGCAACUAGUUACACACUUUAUCAACUCGCACAUAAUCCUGAAGUGCAAAAAAGAGUGCAAAAAGAAAUCGAUGAAGUACUUAGUAAACAUGACAAUAAAUUAAGUUAUGAUGCUGUUAAGAGCAUGACUUAUUUAGAAUGGACAUUCAAGGAAGGUAUGAGAUUGUUCCCAUCCUUGGGAUAUCUGGCUAGAAAAUGUACAAGAAAAUAUACCUUUCCUGAAUUGAACUUCACAAUAGAUGAGGGUGUGCUUGUGACUGUGCCGGUACAAGGGAUUAAUACUGACGGCCAAUACUUCGACAAUCCAUUCGAGUUCCGUCCUGACCGAUUUAAACCAGAAAAUGUUAGUGAAAGUAACAGAUACGUAUAUUUACCAUUUGGUGAUGGUCCACGUGCAUGUAUAGGCGCAAGAUUGGGUCUGAUGCAGUCUCUAGCUGGCCUAGCCGCUAUUCUUUCUAAAUUUACCGUCGAACCUGCCCUCGAGACCAAGAAAAAUCUUACUGUUGAACCAAAAUUCGAUGUUGUCCAAAACAUUGAAGGCGGAGUUCCGUUGCUGUUCAUAGAAAGAAAGAAAACCGAAUGAAAAUUUCCGAAUUGGUACAUUCACGGAAAAAUUCAUUUGUCAUUGCCGUAAAAAAUAAUGAAUCUUGACUGGUAUUUUUUUUUAAAUCGA